AUGCCUCAUUCGACGCUGGGAGAAAAACUGGAGUCGCAGCGAUUAUGGUGGAACAAGCAACUUGACGUCAGGGCGUUUCUGGUCUUUCAACGUCUGCUACGAUUUUACAACACCUUCGUCAUUCUCUCUGCUCUUAUCAGCGGUCUGGCUGUCGCCGCCCUAACUUUCCCCGACUUCCACCCCAGUACGUCUGGGGUCGGCGAAGUUGGUGAAGGUCUUCUGUGCAGCUCCGCCGUGACAGGUGUCUUAUCUGCAGUCAUGGCGACGAUGCUGCUCUUCGCAUUCGAAGGGUUCGAAAGGGCAACUCGGAUGGAUCUUGCUGUAGCAUGGUCGCCGCUAGUGCUGUUGGAUAUCUCGAUUGUUGAAUUCCUGGUCGGAAUAGUGUGCUGGUAUUGGGCCAAGAACGUUGCUUGGAGGGGAGCUCUGGUCGCAGUGGAGCUGGGGUCACUGAUGGGAUGCUGCGUUGCCCUUUCGAUUUGGGUGUGGUUACGUCUCAGUACGAAAGGAGGUUUAGGCCUUGAAGAGAGACAGCGUUCGGUGGAACAGGGACGUGCAGCAGACGCGUAA